UGGCCAGCAAUAUGGUCCGGGGGUUAAGUGGUUAAAGGGGAUGUCCGCCAUCGUACACAUUCUUCAAAAUGAUCUCAGAAAUGUUUCUUAGUGAAACCUGUGAAUAUUUUUUAUUAGCUGUGCUGUAAGGAAGUACACUUGUGUGUCAGCGCGACUUUUUAUUUUUUUUGUUAACGGGAAAUAACUUUGUAGACAUCAGCGGAAAAAAUGCAGUGUAUAUUGUAACAUUGUAGCAAAGUGAUUUCCCCUGCAGUUAGGAGGAAGAUGUUGUGACUUUCAGCUCCUUUUGUUUUUUCACUGGAGAAUUCAGCCUUUUUGGGUCCUAAAGUUUAUUUUUUUCUAUGCUGGAGAGGGGGAUGAGCGCUUUGGUCUAUCGCGGCAUCAGAUGCUAUAGAGGAGCCAGCAUGGACAAUGGCUGUAGCUGAAUAACCUAACAUGGGUUUGCGAUUACUUGCUGGGGUUUUCCAUCUCCCCACGGCGGUCCUCUAUGGCUCCUUAUCAUUUUUCCUUUCCGUCCUGCACAAUGUUUUCCUUUUGUAUUAUGUGGACACUUUUGUUUCGGUUUACAAGAUCGACAAGUUGUCUUUCUGGAUUGGAGAGACUGUAUUUUUAAUAUGGAACAGCUUGAACGACCCCUUGUUUGGGUGGUUAAGUGACCGCAUCUUUUUGAGCACAAAACAGUCCAAUGUUGAUAUCUCAACUCCUGAGGUGGUGCUGAAGAGGCUCAAUGCUUUGGGAAGAAAUGGACCAUUGUUUGCACUCUCAUUCCUGGCAUUCUGGGUGUCUUGGGCUCACCCUGGUUUACAGUUCCUCAUCUGUCUCUGCCUGUAUGACAGCUUCCUCACUAUGGUCGAUCUCAACCACAAUGCCUUGCUGGCAGACCUAGCUGUCUCAGCUGUGGAGAGGACUAGACUGAAUUUCCAUUGUUCUCUGUUUAGUGCUAUUGGUUCUCUCUCAGUUUUCGCAUCUUACACUGUGUGGAAUAAGGAAGACUUUUUCUCGUUUCGGAUAUUUUGUGUGAUCUUGGCAGCUGUUUCUGCUCUUGGAUUUACAGUGUCAACAUGGCUGCUUAAACAGCGCUUCCAGACAGGAGGCAGUACUGUCAGUGACCAGGAUCUACUGAAAGAACUGUAUGUGGAGGAAUCCUCGGUUUCGCCUGAGAAAAAUAUAACCCUUCUAGAAUACCUCAGACAGCUGUCCAGACAACGCAACUUCCUUUGGUUUGUCUGUAUGAAUCUGGUGCAGGUUUUUCACUGUCAUUUCAACAGUAAUUUCUUCCCCCUCUUCCUGGAGCAUUUGUUGGCUGACAAAAUCUCAGUUUCUACUGGAUCUUUUCUGCUAGGUAUUUCUUACAUAGCGCCACAUCUAAACAAUAUGUAUUUCCUCUCGCUGUGUCAGAAGUAUGGUGUCUACAGUGUUGUGCGGUGGCUCUUCAUCAUCAAGCUGGUCCUCAGCAUUUUGAUGCUUCUUGCUGGGCCUGACCAGAUAUCCCUACUCUGUAUAUUUAUAGCCAGCAAUCGUGUUUUCACUGAAGGAACCUGUAAGCUGCUGAAUCUGGUCAUCUCAGACCUGGUGGAUGAAGACUUUGUGCUAAAUCGCAGGAAACAGGCCGCCUCGGCAUUGAUGUUUGGCAUGGUUGCUUUGGUUACUAAACCUGGCCAAACUAUUGCCCCUCUUGCGGGCACAUGGUUACUGUGUGUCUAUACAGGAUAUGACAUAUUUCAGCGUGAUGCUUUGAAUAAUAUCAGUACGGAGCCACAGAUGGAUUCCAGCCGAGUUCUGACCACCACUCUGCGCCAAGGAUGCUUCUAUCUCCUUGUUUUCAUCCCAAUUACAUGUGCUCUGCUGCAGCUCUUCACCUGGUCACACUUUACUCUACAUGGAAAACGUCUCAUCACCGUGAAGACUUAUCGCCAGGCUCAAAACGGUGUUCCUCCAGAUGUAAAAACAAUAUGAAGGAGCACCAAAGAGACAUUGCCAAUUUUUGCCUUUUCAUUCUUGGCCAGAACAUGACCACUGACCUCCUUAUUAGUGUACAGUGCACAAAGGUCACGUACUUAUCAUCUGAGAUAUGGUGGAGCUGCUUUUGCUGUUCUCUAUUUGAAAAUGCUAGUUCUCUGGCUGGCUUGGGCAGUCACUGAUCUGGAGCAAGCAUGAACUUGUGACAGCCAGGAAACUAGUGUCUUUUAACUAAAGUCAGGAAAGGGAUCAUUCACAUUUCUCUCUAUUCAGGUUUCUUUUUACAUGCAUUUUCUUUUUUUAAUUUCAAAAGGGACCAACUUAUUCUGUCCUAUGUGUGAUGGAGGCUUUAUUUAAUUGUAGUACCUGACGCCUUCUCACAGUGGAGGUGCUGUGUUUUGUGUUUACCUUAUUCAUUCUUUAAAUGACUUGUGUGCAACACCAA